CCCUGAGAGGCCCAACCAGACGGCGCGAAGGAGCGAGAGAGGCAAGCCGGGCGUGCACGCCUCUUCCGCCCUGGGCCCGGAAGGGUGAUGUGGCUGGGGCUUCGCUGGCCUCACUAUGUCUGCCAUUUUCAAUUUUCAGAGUCUAUUGACUGUAAUCUUGCUGCUUAUAUGUACCUGUGCUUAUAUCCGAUCCUUGGCACCCAGCCUCCUGGACAGAAAUAAAACUGGAUUAUUGGGUAUAUUUUGGAAGUGCGCCAGAAUUGGUGAACGGAAGAGCCCUUACGUUGCAGUAUGCUGUAUUGUGAUGGCCUUCAGCAUCCUCUUCAUACAGUAGCUUGGAAAAGUGCCGGAAUUCAAUUGUCAUCAGAUUGAUUUCGAUAUGGAAAAAAGGACUUACCUGCAGAAAAUAACGGAAUGAAUGGUUAACCCUUUUAUCUCUGAACAUUGAAUGACAAAUUUCCAGCUGCUAUUCUCUAUUUUUGUUAUUGGACCAAUGUUCUAUAUAAAUAAUUAGGAUGUAACCAUCUACUACUUAAAGAGUUUAAAUAUGUCUGUAACAGUCAACCUCAGUACUGUCACUACAAUAUCACAUUCUGCAUAUGUCAGUCUGUUGUGUCAGAUACCGGUUUUUGGUGAGGUGUCUUUAAGGCACAUAGUAGAAAACAAAAUCGGUAAAUUACUCAAGUUCCUUUCACUGUGAUUUGGAAAUGAUAAAUCUUUAUAGAAUGAGAACUUUUUUUGGACUAGCUUUUUUGUUAAAAAAAAAAAAAAAGUUCAAUUUGUGUGGGUAAAGACUGCAUUCAUAUUGCAUAAGGCUUGCUUUUCCCCUGGCCACACCAUUUCAAGCAUUAACCAGAGUACCUCUACUCUUAGCAAACUAGUUUAUUACAGAUAUUUAAACUAUUUAAAACAAGCCUAUGCAGUUCUUAAGGAGGAAGAGAAAAUGAGAUGACUUAAAAGUAGUAUUGAGGAAAUGUUCCUAUUUAACAUAAAAGAAUUUAGAAUAUCUGACUGGUGGUGUAGCCUCUGAAACCUCUCUGGUAAAGUAUAGAUAAAUGUCUUAAGCAUAAAUUUGACCAGCUAACUGUCAUUCUCUGAAUGAGAUUACAUGCUUAGAGUAAAAAGAACAAAACAGGACAACUAGAGAAUGAUAAUCCUGUAUGUGUUUUCAUUCCUUUUACUGUCAGGUCUUCACAUUUUAAUUACUGCAAAAUACAAACUGUAUGUGUUUUUUUUAAAUAUAGCACUUUAAAUCUA